AUGACAGCUACAUCUAUUUUACACUUCCUUUCUCGUCUCCGUUUCAUCGCCAAACCCCAACCUUUUCCUCUCCCAUCACCAAUUUCAACCCCUUUCCAUUUUUCCCUCACCUCCAAAACCAAGCAACCGACUCGGUUUCGAUUUUUCUCAAUGGCUGCUUCCGAGCCGAAGGAAUCACCGGCUAACAACCCUGGUCUGCAUGCAACUAUAGAUGAAGCUACUAAGGGUUACUUUAUGCAACAAACUAUGUAUAGAAUCAAAGACCCCAAAGUUAGCCUUGAUUUUUACUCUCGCAUUUUGGGCAUGUCUUUGCUCAAGAGAUUGGAUUUUCCUGAGUUGAAGUUCAGCUUGUACUUUAUGGGGUAUGAGGAUACAUCAGAAGCUCCAACUAACCCUGUUGAUAGAACAGUUUGGACCUUUGCUCAAAAGGCUACAAUUGAAUUGACACAUAAUUGGGGCACUGAAAGUGAUCCAGAGUUCAAAGGGCACCACAAUGGCAAUUCCGAUCCUCGUGGUUUUGGACACAUUGGCAUAACUGUUGAUGACACCUAUAAAGCAUGUGAAAGAUUUCAGAAUCUGGGAGUUGAGUUUGUUAAGAAACCAGAUGAUGGGAAAAUGAAAGGGAUAGCAUUUAUUAAAGAUCCUGAUGGAUACUGGAUUGAAAUCUUUGACCGGAAAACAAUAGGAAAUGUAACAGAAGCUGCUGCUUAA